GUAAUUAAGUUAGGUUUCUAACAAUUCCCCAUUUAAAUAGAGAAUAUAAAACAUCAUGAAAAAUUUCAAAGCCGAUUUUCUCGGAAGCAUGCAAUUGCGGUAACGCCCUUCUGAAAAAUUGUCCUAGAUUUGAUUUCAUUUUGUAGUUAAACUCUUUUCGAAUAUUUGGCUAGAAUGGAAAUGUUUGUGAACUGAGUGAGAACAGUGGAGAUGCCCUUACUGUUAACGAGAAAUUUUUCAACUUAAUUUUGUACUAUUACCACGCUAAAUUAUAAUUUCAAACAAAAAACCGUAUGAAAUAAAUAGUUAAUAAAUUAAUGUUACGUUGUAUUUGCAAUCGUACGAAAUGAUCGCUGUAGUGGAUCAGCCGGUUUUGCCAGGUUACCGCGUGGAAGAAGCAAUUGAGAUAGCGAAGGUAAAUAAAAAGGUUGUGCUAGGUCCAGGACUUCGACAGGACAACGAUGACGCGGUGCUGGUCUGCAAAAGCGGUGUAUUGCGGAAAAAAGCUCCCAACACGUUCUGGGUAGAUUGCUAUCAGAAGAGGUACGUGCCGAACCGUGGUGAAAUUGUUAUCGGUAUUGUAUCCCAAAAAGCUGGAGAUAUCUUCCGGGUCGACAUAAGCGCCAGUGAACCGGCCUCUUUAUCAUACAUGGCUUUCGAGGGUGCCACCAAGAAGAACCGUCCGGAUGUUAAUGUAGGAGAUGCCAUAUGUGCGCGACUGCUGAUAGCCAAUCGGGAUUUGGAACCGGAACUGAUUUGUGUUGAUUCCCACGGGAAGAAAGGCAAGCUUGGUGUACUUCAUGAGGGAUUCGUUUUUGGUUGCAGCAUCAAUUUGGUACGAAAAAUCCUUAAUCCAAAGUGUACAUUUCUCGACCUGCUUGCGAAGGAAAUAGCAUUCGAAAUGGCCGCUGGAAUGAAUGGAAGGAUCUGGGUCAAGGGAAAAACAGUAAAGGAAACUAUAGCGGUUGGCAAUGCGAUAUUAGCCGUGGAAUAUAAAUCUAAUGAAGAGCUGAAGGAACUUUGUGAUGAUAUUGGAAAUUACUUAGCGGGAUUUGCAUAGUGUAAGAAAUUAUUUUCGCAUUAAAAUUAUGGACAGAUGGAAAUCAAGCAAAAACCCGGAAGUAUGCCUUCAAGAAUAUACUGAGAAGAAUCAUACAGUUUUAGUGUAAGCUAGCUUGAAAAUUUUAUUCGCUCCUAAUGUUAAUUGUUAACUUCAACCAAACUACUUUUCCUUGACCUGAUGUACAGUUUAAACUAACAGAUUUUUGUACGUAAUAAAACUACAAAUUACAAUCUACAAA